GAGAGCGUUCACCUACAAUGACGGGGAUCCUGCUGCUGCUCGUGGUCUCGGUGCUGGCACACAGUCACGUGACUCUGGCGUUCGAUGUUGCCAACGAGACUCUGCUGCGGUCGGAUCUCCUCACCAACUACUCCCUCAAGAGUCGCCCCAAUGUCGUCACCACUGUCGAGCUCGUCUUCAACGUCAUCACCAUAAACGAACUGGUGACGCGCACACAGAAGUUUUCAGUAUCGGGGUACUUUACAGUGGUAUGGAACGACACCCGUCUGAUGUGGAACCGGAAGCAAUACAACGACAUUAAGUUCUUCUUCUCUGAUGAGACGGAAAUAUGGCGACCAUCUCUCGUCGUGACAAACGCUAUCGACAAUUUAGACGUCAUCGCUAAUGAAAACAUCCCACUGAGAGUCAAUAGCGAGGGCAAAAUAUACUGGAAUCCGCCCGGAAUAUACCAAACCCACUGCACCAUUGACAUCACCUACUACCCCUUCGACUCCCAGGAAUGUUCUGUGAUCGUGCAGAGCUGGGGCUAUAACCUCCGGGAGCUCGACCUGUCCAAGUUCGGAUCUGGCGUGGAGACAGCUGAGUUUGAGAGGAACGGUGAGUGGAACUUGAUACAAGCAUUCGGCGAGAGAGAGGAAAGGACCCACGAUGUUGACGCGGAAACGUACGCGACAGUGACCUUCGUCUUCAAGAUGCAGCGGAAGCCGGACUACUAUGGCAUCAACAUCAUCCUUCCCGUGGUGGUUCUGUCCAUCCUGUCGGCCCUGGUGUUCGUCCUGCCUCCGGACAGCGGGGAGAAGAUGGGGUACUCUCUCACGGUGCUUCUCGCCUUUGCUGUCUUCCUGACCCUCAUCGCUGACCGCAUGCCCACCACCUCCCGCGACACCUCCUACAUGGCUGUCUACCUGUCUGUGAUCCUGUGUCUGAGUGGCUUGUCCGUCGUGCUGACCAUCUUCGUCCUGGACUUAAAUUGUCGGGAAGAUCAAGUUCCGCCAUGGCUCGAGCGCAUCACUAAUGCAAUAAUCAUGCCUCUGAUCUGUGUUCGGGGCUGUCGACGGAAGUCGAGGUCAGUCGCUGUCAGCGACGACAUGAAGUUACAGAAGGUCAGGACUGGACCAACCCAGACGAAGGAUUCAGUGUCUAAUGCUGGAGAGGAGCCCACAGCUGGAGAGGAGCCCACAGCGAGGGAAUCCUCCACAAGGUCCGGUGCAGGGCUGACGUGGAAGGACAUCGCCCGUGUCUUUGAUGCAUUCAUGUUUAGACUGUACAUGAUCGUCAUCGUAAUCAUAUCCGCCAUAUUCUUCACUGUCCUGGGCAUACAAGCGACGGCGUCUGGCAGUGAAAUUUAGUAAAGCCUCCCUUUCUAAAUUUACAGAACAAAAAACAUUUCGACCUGGUCUAAAGUUGAACUGAUAAAGCCUACAGACAUCAUCUGGGGUAGUUUGACCACAGUGUUUACAGUGUUGUGGGAAAUAGUUUUCUGUCAAUGUUCUAUAUGCGAUACAUUUGUCCAUCUUCAAGAUUCAUAAAACCAAGCUGUGAUAGUAAUGGCACACCGCGUGGUGUCUCACAUUACACCGUUCCUAUGUACAUGUAUCUCCUCGCGUACUGUUCCGUAUCUCGUAGAACAAAACAUCUUCACUUAAAACGGGAGCACCUGGUAAUUUCAGUGUGGCGAUUAUGUUUAUUAAUAACCAUUGAAGUAGGUGUGCAACGUUUGAUCUGUCGGUGGUAUGGAUAACAAAUUAAAGUAUCAAUAGUUGCACACUAGUGCGAGAUAUUAUCGAUCACUCCAAUGGAAUAUGAAACACAUGGUAAUCGUCACGAUCAGUGAAUACUGAGCUGGUAUACAAAGGCGUCCACAUUGACGGAGGAGUGAGUGAGUGAGUAUGGUUUAACGCCCCUUUUAGCAAUAUUCCAGCAAUAUCACGGCGGGGGACACCAGAAAUGGGCUUCACACAUUGUACCCAUGUCGGGAAUCGAACCCGGGUCUUCAGCGUGACGAGCGAACGCUUUAACCACUAGGCUACCCGACCGCCCCACAUUGACGGAGGAUAUGUGUUAGGAUCGAGUAUAGCUGUCUUAAGACCGACACAAUUUUACCCUCUUGCAUCCCCCUGGAGUUGUGGUUGGUUUGCAUCAACCUUUCUUGAGUGAGGGAGUGAGUUUGGUUUUACGUCGCCUUUAGCAAUAUUCCAGCAAUAUCACGGCGGGGCAACCUUUCUUGAAGACAAGGUACUUAUACAAGUAUUCUAAGAGUAUUGCAGUUUGUGUUUGUUUGUUUGUGUGUUGCUUAACGCCUCAUUCAGCAAUAUUCCAGCUAUGUCCCGGCGGUCUGUAAAUAAUCAAGUCUGGACCAGGCAAUCCAUUCGUGACCAACUCGUGUUA